AUGGAAGUUCCCUACGACUCCCAGGACGACCUCGUCCGGUGCUUCCUCGGCCUCCGCGUCCUCGCCACGCUCCCUGCGGUCACCGGGCUCAUCUACCGGAGCCGGUGGAGGAAGCUGGUCGAGCUCCGGCGGCAGCAGGAGCAGGCGUACCUUCCCCUCAUCGACUCCCGCCGUCGCGACCGGCCCGACCGCCGCGGCGAGCCCCCGGCGUACGUGGACACGCUCGCCGACCUCCGCGUCCCGGACGACGAGCACGCCGCCGCCUCAGGCGGCGGCAACCAUCGCAACAGGCGACGGCGGCAGCAGCAGCAGCGGAGGCUCACGAACGGCGAGCUUGUGGGGCUCUGCUCCGAGUUCCUCGGCGCCGGCACGGAGCCCGCCGCGGCGGCGCUGCAGUGGAUCAUGGCGCACCUGGUGAAACGCCCCGACGCGCAGCGCGCGCUCCGGAACGACAUCGACGCCGCCGUGCCCACGGACGCCGAGGAGGUUCUCGGGAAACUGGAGUACCUCAACGUCGUCAUCAUGGAAGGGCUCCGGCUGCACCCCACCGUGCCGAUGGUGCUUCGGCAGGUGAUGGCGGAGGACCACGUCGUGGUGGACGGCCGGCGUCUCCCGGCGGGCACGGCGGUGCACUUCCCGCUGGCGAGGCUGGCGCAGGACGAGACGGCGUGGGCGGACCCGCGCGAGUUCCGGCCCGAGAGGUUCCUGGCCGGCGGCGAGGGCGAGGGCGUGAGCCUGGUGGCGGCCGCGGGCAGCGCCGGGGAGAUCAGGAUGAUGCCGUUCGGGGGCGGCCGGAGGAUGUGCCCCGGCAUGGGCGCCGCCGUGCUCCACCUCGGAUACUUCGUGGCCAACCUGGUGAGGGAGUUCGGGUGGUCGGAGGCGGAUGGCGACCUCGCCGUUGACCUCCUACCGCAUCCCGGGUUCUUCACCGUCAUGAAGCGGCCGCUGCGGGCGCGCCUCGUGCGGCGGCGGCGGGAGGCCACGCCGUGCUGAUAAAUUACAAAUUAAGGGUGUGCAUGACAAUUAUGGUAUUGCAAUAUUUGGU